GGUAAAAAUAAAUCGUAUUUAAGAAGUGUGCAUUACGAGAUGGGAACACAUUGUUUUUUCUUGUUCGUGAAACAGUUGAAGAAAUCCAAGCUAACCAAUAUUUGAAUCUACGUUUCUUAACUACUCUCAUUUCAUCAAAGAAAUGAAUAAUGGUAUGCAUUUACUUCUAUUUCUAUUGACCGUCAAGGCAUAUUCACAGUCUACGUUAACAUCAGGAUUCGUCAUCAGACAGUCUAGAAAUAAUGAUUACAUGGUAGUAGCCACCACUGCAGAUGCUACAAACAAAAAACCUAAACCAAAAUUAUCGCGUUUGAUAAGAAGACUUUGUAAAUUAUAUCCAGAUCACGCAUGGUGUCGACCCAAUGACAGUCCUAACACAACUACUUCCCCUACUACUACUUAUCACUUGGAAACUAUAAUUAAUGUCAAUAACACGACGCCUAAUAAAAACGAAGUCAUCGAAGUCAAUACCAAUUCUACAUCAGUCGAAUUUGGAAACGAGACAACAAAUGGGAACCUAUCCAGUACAGAAACGUCACCGACGACAACUAUUAUUAACAACUGGCCUGCUCGUGAUAAUGAGUCGUUUGAAUCAAUUACUAUUAACUCAGCUUCAGAAACAACUCUGAACGAUUAUGACGAGUUAACUAUAUUGCCCGUGACGGAUUACACCGACGACGCGGUAAACACUUCUACAACUCCGGAACCAACUACAAACUACGAGCCCGAUAGCACAGCGUCUACUACUACUAAAGUUUUGUAUAACGCGACUCUUAUUGAGACACCAGCAUCAAUUCCUACACAUUAUCCGAUCACCUCCACUGAAUUUGCAACCACUAAUGAAGUUGUGGAUAACGUGACUCUUAUUGAGACAACAACGUCAGUUUCUACAAAUUAUACCAAUUCUGCAACCAACACCACUAAAUUUGUAACCAUUACUGAAGUUUUGAACAACGUGACCCUCAUUGGGACAACGACGGUAGUUCCUACGCGUCAUACUCAUUAUCCGAUCACCUCCACUGAAUUUGCAACCACUAAUGAAGUUGUGGAUAACGCGACUCGUAUUGAGACAACAACGUCAGUUUCUACAAAUUAUACCAAUUCUGCAACCAACACCACUGCAUUUGCAACCACUAAUGAAGUUGUGGAUAACGCGACUCUUAUUGAGACAACAACGUCAGUUUCUACAAAUGAUACUAAUUCUGCGAUCACCUCAACUGAAUUUGAAACCACUACUGAGGUUUUGAAUAACGUGACCCUCAUUGGGACAAUGACGGCCGUUCCUACAUGUGAUAUUAAUAUCUGUCGUCUAAUUUAUUUUAUUAUUAGGAAGAUUAUUAAGUAUUUUUGCAAUUGUUCCAAAUUAAAUGAAAUUUUAUUUUAUUAAUUUAAUUUAUCGUUUUAUUCAUGUACGCUGAGCUAUAAUAAUAUCUGUAAUAACUAAUAAGUAUUUAAAACUUACGAAGCAAACCUAUUCGUUUUACCUUAACUUUUAACAACUAUUAUGGUAAUCUAAUCCCUGUACAGGCCCACAAAUAGAUAAUCAGCGAGAUAUUCAAGCACUGGCUAUUAGAAUGUUUAGGUAUAGCGUAUAGGUAAGGUCAAUACAAAUCAGCAAUCACUAACCAGUACUGACAUAUUAAUAUAAUUUAGUAUUAUACUAAGCAACAUGACGUCGUGAUGAUCUUUAAUGCCAACAUACAUGGGAAA